AUGGACAGGGAUGACGGCAUUCUUGCUCUCGAACAACCAACAUUUACAUCGCUCUGGGCAUCGAAGGUUGUUGACUUGACGGAAAUUGAUGUACCUGCAUAUUCCAUUACUGGAUGGUCGUCAGUGGCUCUUCACCUGAGAGGAACCAUAGCGGCGUGGAAGGCGUUUUCUUCGAAGCAUAAAUACCUUCGUGUCCACGCUGGGCGAGAGUGGGAGCAAUACUAUAAUGAUGACGGUCAACGCCGACAAAAGGCGUUUUGGGACUGUUUUCUCAAAGAUCUGCCCACGGAAGUUGACGGCUGGCCCUUGAUUGAAAUUGACGUGAGGACGAUUGAAAAUUUUACACCGCGAUUCGAGCAGAGCUGGCCGCCGCACAAUGCAGAACUAACGUCACUGUUUCUCAGCGGCAAUACACUCGAGGCCGAAGUGUCAGCUGCCUCCAUCCCUACGGACGCGAUCUCUUACCAAAGUCACCUGCGCUACGGUGAAAAUGCGAGCGCAAACUUCGACUACAGGUUCACGACUCGCACCGAGAUCACAGGAGACAUCUGCCUCAAGCUAUACGUCCAGGCUCAACAGUUCCCAGAUACUGAUAUCUUUGUGGCCGUCAAGAAAGUGAACAAGACAGGACAAGAAGUCCAGUUCUACAAUCAGUCACAGACACAGGAGGCUUCGGCGGCUCAUGGAUGGCGUGAGUAUUCCCAUGAGGGCCCUCGGCGUCUGUGGGUCACGCCGGACGAGAUCGUGUCUGCUGAAAUCGAAGUGUGGCCGAGCAGUACAGUCUGGGAGGAAGGAGAGACUCUGCGCGUGACUGUGCAAGGACACAGCUUCUUCUCAGAGGAGUCGCCUGUGACUAGCAAGCAUGCUCUUAGCCACAAUUUCGGAGAGGUGAAAAUUUGGUAUGGUCAGGCGUAUCCGAGUCAACUGCUUGUGCCUGUCAUCAAGAAUUUAUAG